AUUGUAUUCCCAGCUCGUCUUUUAACCCCUCGUUGUUUCUUGCAGGUUCUCCGCCAGACAGAGACCAGAUGAAUCACGCCGAGUGCCUGAAGACAAGGAAGGCCAAGGCGGCCGCUGCCAAAGCCGCACUGGCGAAAGCCAAAAACGCCCCCGCCUCGGAGUCCAACUCAUCGGCUUCUGAUGCUGCCCGGCGAACUGCUGAGGGUGAGCAGCAUUUAAUCGCCACCAUGCUGGCUCAGGGUUCUGGGGCCCCUGCUCUUGAAGCUGCCCUUCCACCGCCGGUCGUCCCUUCGAAGGCGGCCCCUCAAAAGGGGACGGAGAAGGUCCCUGAGAAGAAACAGAAGAGGGGCCGCGAGGCAGGCUCCACUGGUCCCCUGCUUGAAGAUGCCGGCUCUCUGCCGUUGAGCCGCCCGGCGGAAGAGCUUUGGAGGGAGAUGGCCCUCAAGGCCGGUCUCGAACUGCCCCGCCGUUCGUCCUCUGAGGCGACCAGCGCUGCCCUGGCAGCCGCUCUUCAGUCUGGGCUUCUGGUCCUUCAAGCCGAAGCUGCCCGGGAAGCCGACCUGAGAGAGGUCAAGGCCAAGGCCGAUGCGGCUGUCGCCACUGCCCG